UCAAAACAAUUCCCUGCCCGACCCCAGCCCCCACGCCUUUCCCCUGUUUCUUUUUCUUUUCCUUUUCCCCUCAACCCCGAUCUCUUUGUCUGCCCCCCUACGCGUCUGCCUUCCUCUCCAUCGUCCCCCACUGGCAUUUGAAGAAAAGUUGACUUUGACAAUGCAAAGUCUCGAAGCAACUUCAGCCUCAUCGCUACACAACUUAUUUUGGGGGAAGAAUCUCAGCCUUGCACCGUAUACUCUUAACAGAAUGCAAGAUUUCAGACCUGCUAUGACAUUGCCUCCAUCUGGACCGCAGAGGCUAUCCAUACGAUGUGGGGUUCAGUUCCGCCCUUGCAUUGACAUACACAAGGGAAAAGUGAAGCAAAUUGUUGGAUCCACUCUUCAAGAUUCUAAGGAGGCAGAUACAAGCCUGGUAACUAAUUUUGAAUCUGAUAAGUCAGCUGCAGAAUAUGCAAAGCUUUACAGAGACGACGACCUUGUAGGUGGCCAUGUAAUUAUGCUUGGUGCUGAUCCCCUGAGCAUAUCAGCUGCAAUUGAAGCGUUACAUGCUUACCCUGGUGGGUUGCAAGUUGGAGGGGGAAUCAGAACUGAAAAUGCUUUGAGUUAUAUUGAAGAAGGAGCCAGCCAUGUCAUUGUCACCUCGUAUGUCUUUAACAAUGGGCAAAUGGACCUUGAGAGGCUUAAGGAACUUGCUUCUCUCGUUGGAAAAAAGAGGCUUGUUCUGGAUCUUAGUUGCCGUAAAAAGGAUGGCGAAUAUGUAAUUGUCACAGACAGAUGGCAGAAGUUUACUGAUGUACGUCUCAAUGAGAAAGUUCUGAAUUUUCUUGCAGACUAUGCUGAUGAAUUUCUGGUCCAUGGAGUUGAUGUUGAAGGCAAAAAGCUGGGAAUAGAUGAGGAGCUCGUGGCAUUGCUUGGAAAGUAUUCCCCCAUUCCUGUAACAUAUGCCGGUGGUGUCACUGUGAUGGCUGAUCUGGAGAAGAUCAAACUUGCAGGGAUGGGGCGUGUGGAUGUAACUGUGGGCAGUGCUUUGGAUAUUUUUGGAGGUAACUUGGCAUACAAAGACGUCGUGGCUUGGCAUGCUCUGCAGGAUCCCUUGGCUGUCUAAUCUUAACUUCCAAUUGUUUGUUCAGUCGGAUUAGAGCUGAUAUCACUACGAGGGAGUAAUUCAGAUUAUUCGUUUUUCUAUAUCAUGGGAUAUUACAUGAAUUUUGAACUCGAAUUCGUUUUGCCCAGAAAGACCUGUUGUGUAGUUUCACCUAGAUACUUGCUAUGUAAUAUUUUGAUGUUGAAUUACAUUAGCAUUGAGGUAGAUUUGGGAUUAGACAUGAGAACGAAAAAAAGGACAAAUAGGGAAAAUCUACAUUGGCAAUUUAUCAAACUGUUGAUUGGGUUAACUCCCUUAUAGUACCUUAUUUUGUCA